UUCAGCCUGUUCGUUCUUAGCACUGCUGGCUGGGGUACAAAUACUUUGGGCAACCAGCAGUGCAGUUCACCUUAACCAGCAUUCUGCUUUCCGUUGCCCGUUCUCAGGUGAAAAGGUUUGUUUUGUAGGCUGUGGACUAUUGUCUUUCACACAGAAAAGAAAAACAAAAAGGAUUCUUAGACUGUUCAAGGUCUGCAUGUGCUGACUUCUGAUGUCAAGGACUAGACUGGAAUCAUGGUUAUUCUACAACAGGGGGACUAUGUUUGGCUGGACCUCAAGACUGGCCGGGAGUUUGAUGUUCCUGUUGGUGCUGUGGUCAAACUGUGUGACUCCGGUCAGAUCCAGGUGCUGGAUGAUGAAGGCAGUGAGCACUGGAUCUCACCUCAGAAUGCCACCAACAUCAAGCCAAUGCACCCCACCUCUAUCCAUGGGGUGGAAGACAUGAUCCGACUGGGAGACCUGAACGAGGCCGGGAUCCUGCGCAACCUCCUCAUUCGCUACAGGGAACAUCUUAUAUAUACUAAUUGUGGAGGGAGGACCUACACAGGUUCCAUCUUAGUGGCUGUGAACCCCUACCAGCUGCUGCCUAUCUACACACCAGACCAGAUUCGCCUGUACACCAACAAAAAGAUUGGGGAGAUGCCACCUCACAUCUUUGCCAUUGCAGACAACUGCUACUUCAACAUGCAACGCAACAACAAGGACCAGUGCUGCAUCAUCAGUGGGGAGUCAGGAGCUGGGAAGACAGAGAGCACCAAACUUAUCCUGCAGUUUCUGGCAGCAAUCAGUGGACAACACUCCUGGAUAGAGCAACAGGUCCUGGAGGCUAACCCCAUUCUGGAAGCCUUUGGAAAUGCCAAGACCAUUCGUAAUGACAACUCCAGUCGCUUUGGAAAGUACAUUGACAUUCAUUUCAACAAGAGAGGAGCCAUUGAAGGAGCUAAGAUUGAGCAGUAUCUGCUAGAGAAGUCCAGAGUCUGCAGACAGGCCCGGGAUGAGAGAAACUAUCACAUCUUUUACUGCAUGCUGAAAGGAAUGACACCGGAACAGAAGAAGAAGCUGGGGUUAGGCAAAGCCAUGGAUUACUCCUACCUCACCAUGGGAAGUUGCACAGUGUGUGAUGGCCGUGAUGACACUAAAGAGUACUCGAAUAUUCGCUCUGCAAUGAAGGUCCUUAUGUUCACUGACACAGAGAACUGGGAGAUUUCCAAGCUGAUGGCUGCCAUCUUGCACAUGGGGAACCUACGCUAUGAAGCUCGGAUGUACGAUAACCUGGAUGCCUGUGUAGUGGUGCGAUCUUCUAAUCUAAUGACCGCAGCGGCUCUGCUGGAGGUGGAUCCUCAGGAUGUGAUGAACUGCCUCACCAGCCGGACUCUGAUCACCAGGGGGGAGACCGUCUCCACACCCCUCAGCAUUGAGCAGGCUCUCGAUGUCAGGGACGCUUUUGUAAAGGGAAUCUAUGGACGGCUGUUUGUUUGGAUAGUAGAAAAGAUCAAUGCUGCCAUUUACAAACCCCCCUCCAGUGAACCAAAAACAGUGAGACGAUCCAUUGGCUUGCUGGAUAUCUUUGGGUUUGAGAACUUCACUGUCAACAGCUUUGAACAGCUGUGUAUCAACUUUGCCAACGAGAACCUGCAGCAGUUCUUUGUGAGGCACGUUUUCAAGCUGGAGCAGGAGGAGUACAACCUGGAGAACAUCAACUGGCAGCACAUCGAGUUCACCGACAACCAGGACGCCCUGGACAUGAUCGCCAUCAAGCCCUUGAACAUCAUCUCACUCAUCGACGAGGAGAGCAAAUUCCCAAAGGGUACUGACACGACCAUGCUCUACAAAUUGAACUCCCAACAUAAGCUGAACACCAACUACAUUCCCCCAAAGAACUCUUACGAAACCCAGUUUGGAAUCACCCACUUUGCUGGAGUAGUCUACUACGAGACCAGAGGAUUUCUGGAGAAGAACAGGGACACCCUCUACGGAGACAUUAUUCAGCUAGUCCAUUCCUCCAAGAACAAGUUCAUCAAGCAGAUAUUUCAGGCUGAUGUUGCCAUGGGUGCAGAGACCAGGAAGCGCUCCCCGACUCUCAGCAGCCAGUUUAAACGCUCGCUCGAGCUGCUGAUGAGAACCCUGAGUGUGUGUCAGCCCUUCUUCGUACGCUGCAUCAAACCCAAUGAGUUCAAGAAGCCCAUGCUGUUUGACCGGGAGCUGUGUGUGCGUCAGCUGAGGUAUUCCGGGAUGAUGGAGACCAUCCGGAUCCGCAGAGCGGGCUACCCCAUCCGGUACACCUUUGUGGAGUUUGUAGACCGCUACCGCGUCCUCAUGCCAGGCGUCAAACCGGCAUACAAGCAGGAGGAUCUGAGAGGGACAUGCCAGCGAAUAGCAGAAGCUGUUUUGGGGAGAGAUGAUGACUGGCAAAUUGGAAAGACAAAGAUUUUCCUCAAGGACCACCAUGACAUGCUGCUGGAGAUCGAGAGGGACAAGGCCAUCACCGACAAGGUCAUCCUCAUCCAGAAGGUCGUGCGCGGCUUUAAAGACAGGUCCAAUUUCCUCAAGAUCAGAAAGUCUGCGAUGCUGAUACAGAAACACUGGAGGGGCUAUAACUGUCGAAAGAACUACAGCGCUAUGCGGAUCGGCUUCGCGCGGCUGCAGGCACUCUACCGGUCCCGCAAGCUCUACAAGACUUACCACGUGGCGAGGAAGCGGAUCAUUGAGUUCCAGGCGCAGUGCCGGGGCUGCCUGGUCCGGCGGGCUUUCCGACACCGGCUGUGGGCAGUCAUCACCAUCCAGGCCUACUCCAGGGGCAUGAUCUCCCGCAGGCUGUACAAGCGGCUCAAGGGGGAGUACCGGCGCCGCCUGGAGGCUGAGAAGAUGCGUCUGGCCGAGGAGGAGAAGCUGAGGAACCAGAUGAGCGCCAAGAAGGCAAAAGUGGAGGCAGAUAAGAAACACCAGGAGCGCCUAGCCCAGCUGGCCCGUGAGGAUGCAGAGAGGGAGAAGAAGGAGCGGGAGGAGGCCCGGCGGAAGAAGAAUCUCCUGGAGCAGAUGGAAAAGGCGCGGCAGGAACCCGUAAACGACUCUGACAUGGUCGACAAAAUGUUUGGCUUUCUCGGUACCACUAACUCCUUCCCCGGCCAGGAGGGACAAGCACCGUCUGGGUUUGAGGAUCUGGAGCAUGCUCAGAAGGAGAUGGAGGAGGAGGACCUUGAUGAUUCCUUGCCGCUGCCUGAGGAGGAAGAGGAGGACCUCUCCGAGUAUAAGUUUGCCAAGUUCGCGGCCACCUAUUUCCAGGGCACCACGACGCACACAUACGUCCGGCGCCCGCUGAAGCAGCCUCUGCUCUACCACGAGGACGAAGGAGAUCAACUGGCAGCCCUGGCUGUGUGGAUCACGAUUUUGCGCUUCAUGGGUGAUCUCCCUGAACCCAAGUACCACACAGCCAUGAGCGAUGGCAGUGAGAAGAUCCCAGUCAUGACCAAGAUCUACGAGACCCUGGGAAAGAGGACCUACAAGCGGGAACUCCAGGCCCUGCAGGUGGAGGGAGAGAACGCUCACAUUGACAGCCACAAGAAGAACAGCGUGCGGCACAAACUUGUAUCCCUCACUCUCAAGAAGAAAUCAAAGUUAACUGAGGAGGUUGCAAAAAGACUGAAUGAUGGCGAGCAGACCCUGCAAGGCAACAGCAUGCUUGAGGACAGGCCCACCUCCAACCUGGAGAAGCUGCAUUUCAUCAUCGGCAAUGGCAUCCUCAGGCCUGCCUUGAGGGACGAGAUCUACUGUCAGAUCUCAAAGCAGCUGACCCAGAAUCCAUCGAAAAGCAGCCAUGCUCGAGGCUGGAUCCUCGUAUCUCUCUGUGUUGGCUGCUUCGCUCCCUCAGAGAAGUUUGUUAAGUAUUUAAGAAACUUCAUCAUCAGUGGCCCCCCAGGCUAUGCCCCAUAUUGUGAGGAGAGGCUGAGGAGGACGUUUGUCAAUGGCACACGGACACAACCCCCCAGCUGGCUGGAACUGCAGGCCACGAAGUCAAAGAAGCCCAUCAUGCUGCCUGUGACGUUCAUGGACGGCACGACUAAGACUUUGCUGACAGACUCAGCGACGACAGCAAAGGAGCUCUGCAACUCCCUGGCCGACAAGAUCAGCCUCAAAGACAGAUUCGGCUUCUCCCUCUACAUUGCCUUAUUUGACAAGGUGUCCUCCCUGGGAAGCGGGAAUGACCACGUGAUGGACGCUGUGUCUCAGUGUGAGCAGUACGCCAAAGAGCAGGGCGCGCAGGAGCGCAACGCCCCCUGGAGGCUGUUCUUCCGCAAGGAGAUCUUCACGCCCUGGCACAACCCCAGUGAGGAUAACGUGGCCAACAACCUCAUCUACCAGCAGAUCGUCAGGGGGGUCAAGUUUGGGGAGUACCGCUGUGAUAAGGAAGAAGAUCUUGCUGAGCUGGCCUCCCAGCAAUACUACGUAGACUAUGGCUCUGAGGUGCUUCUGGAGCGCUUGCUGAGUUUAAUCCCUUCUUACAUCCCGGACAGAGAGAUCAGCUCGUUGAAAACUGUGGAGAAGUGGGCUCAGUUCAUCAUGGCAGCUCACAAAAAGGGAGUUUACACCCAGAAGAGGAUGGACCCCCAGAAAGUGAAAGAGGAAGUGGUGGAUUUUGCUCGAUUCAAGUGGCCUUUGCUUUUUUCUCGGUUUUAUGAAGCCUUUAAGUUUUCAGGACCCAGUCUGCCUAAGAACGAUGUCAUUGUAGCUGUGAACUGGACUGGAGUUUAUUUCGUCGAUGAGCAAGAACAAGUUCUUCUGGAGCUUUCCUUCCCAGAAAUCACUGCUGUCUCCAGUAGCAGAGGAGGCAAGUUGCAGGGGCAGAGUUUCACGCUGGCCACCAUUAAAGGGGAUGAAUACACCUUCACCUCCAACAAUGCAGAUGACAUCCGGGACCUCGUCGUCACCUUCCUCGAGGGGCUGAGGAGCAGGUCGAAGUUUGUGGUCGCUCUGCAAGACAAUCCAAACCCUGCUGGAGACGAGUCUUCGUUCCUGAGUUUUGCGAAGGGAGACCUCAUAAUGCUGGACCAGGAUUGCGGGGAGCAGGUGAUGAAUUCAGGCUGGGCUCAUGGCAUCAAUGAUAGGACCAAACAGAAGGGGGACUUCCCUGCAGACUGUGUCUACGUGCUGCCUACAGCCACCAAACCCCCUCUGGAGAUUGUGGCCUUGGUGACGAUGACCCCUGACCAGAGGCAAGACGCUAUCAGGACCUCCCAGCUGACACUGGUGGAGAGCAAUGAGAAAGUGAAGCCAUACACUCUGGAAGAGUUCUCCUACGAUUACUUCAGGCCGCCUCCCAAACACACGCUGAGCCGCGUGAUGAUCACAAAGAGCCGGGGGAAGGACAAGUUGUGGUGCUGCACCCGGGAGCCUAUCAAACAGCCCCUGCUCAAGAAAGUGUUGAGUCAUGAGGAUCUGUCUCAGGAGGCCUGCUUGGCGUUCAUUGCCAUGAUGAAGUAUAUGGGUGACUAUCCAUCCAAACGCACACGUUCCGUGAACGAGCUGACAGACCAAAUAUUUGAAGCUGCCUUGAAAUCAGAGCCUCUCAAAGACGAGAUCUUCUGCCAGAUACUCAAGCAGCUCACUGAAAACCAUGUCAAGUACAGUGAAGAGAAAGGCUGGGAGUUGCUAUGGUUGUGUACAGGCCUCUUCCCUCCUAGCAACAUGCUUCUACCCCACAUCCAGAGGUUUCUACAGUCCAAGAAACACCAUCCACUGGCUGUGGACUGUAUGCAGAGACUGCAGAAAGCUCUCCGCAAUGGAUCCAGGAAGUACCCUCCUCACUUGGUAGAAGUUGAAGCCAUUCAGCACAAAACCACACAGAUCUUCCACAAAGUCUAUUUCCCAGACGACUCAGAUGAGGCUUUUGAAGUGGAGUCGAGCACAAAAGCAAAGGACUUCUGUCAGAACAUAUCUAACAGGCUGCUGCUUAAAUCUUCAGAGGGCUUCAGCUUAUUUGUAAAGAUUUCUGACAAGGUGAUCAGUGUUCCAGAGGGGGACUUCUUCUUUGACUUUGUGAGGCAUCUCACAGACUGGAUCAAGAAAGCCAGACCAGCAAAGGAUGGUAUAGUGCCUUCUUUAACAUAUCAGGUGUUCUUUAUGAAGAAGCUCUGGACGAGCACUGUCCCAGGAAAGGAUUCCAUGGCAGACUCCAUAUUCCACUACUAUCAGGAGCUGCCCAAGUACCUGCGUGGUUACCACAAGUGCUCCAGGGAAGAGGUGUUCCAGCUCGGCGCACUGAUUUACCGUGUGAAGUUCGAGGACGACAAGUCACACUUUCCCAGCAUUACCAAGAUCCUGAAGGAGCUGGUCCCCCAGGACUUGAUUCGCCAGCUCUCUCCCGACGACUGGAAACGGUCCAUUGUGGCCUACUUCAACAAGCAAGCUGGAAAAUCAAGGGAGGAGGCCAAGCUGGUGUUUUUAAAAAUUAUCUUCAAGUGGCCUACAUUUGGAUCUGCCUUCUUUGAGGUUAAGCAAACUACUGAGCCAAAUUUUCCAGAGAUCCUGCUUAUAGCAAUAAACAAGCAUGGAGUCAGCUUGAUAGACCCAAAGACCAAGGACAUACUGACAACCCACCCGUUCACAAAGAUCUCAAACUGGAGCAGCGGCAACACCUACUUCCACAUCACCAUCGGAAACCUGGUGCGAGGGAGUAAGCUUCUCUGUGAAACGUCACUGGUGAGGAGAGACUUCACUUUGUUUCUUACUAUAAAGACUGGCACAGAAGUCAAAAUGUUGACAGAGCAAGGGUGGGCAAAUACAAAGAGAGACUUCAUUGGCAAAGAAAUGUGAUGCAGUGGCAGCAAGAAGCCUAAGAUCUGUGAGUCCCUCCCUGGUUACUGAUUUCAGGCAGAUGAUGUAGUGAAAGCAUCACCAUUGUCUUUGAGUAGUAAAACCACAAUAGCAGGCAUCACUAAGACAAUAUGUGCCUGUUGCAUUGGCUUAAAAUGAUGUCUGUGGAUUACUAUAGCCUACAUAUUCAAAACUAUAGUGGCGAAUAGUUAUCUCCUGCCCAGAAUAAUAAAUCUACAAUAUGGCUGGCCAGCCUCAUCAGCAAGUUGUCUAUUUGCUGGUGACUAAAUGCUCUGGGAACGUCCAUACUUGUAAUAUCAUUUGUUAUAUACAGAGAAUAAUAUUUCAAUUGUCCACUGAGGGACUGAAUAUAAAUUUAGUAUCAUCUCAUAGGGAAUUUAAUGUUUAAGUUAAAGGUCUGGGGUAAAGUUGUGAUUUAAAGUGAGGAGUAGGUUUAUGCGUUGGUGUUUGUGGAGCAUUUGGCUCCAGGCAAAGUGACAACAUGCUCCUCAUCACAGCUCCACACUGACCCGAGGGAAGUUCAGCAGCCGUGUGGUGAGGUGAUGUAUGAUUGCACUCAAACGCAAGCUUUGUUUGCAGUACAGUGGGGAGAGUGGGGAGGCAAUGUGAUGAUCUCUCCUAAAGGCUAGUUUCCAACUUUGUCUGUUUUUAUACGUAUUAUCCCAGCAAACCUUCCAGACGUGUAUAUUAUAAUUUUCCAUAGGGGUACAAGAUGGACGACCUGUUGACUUCAUACAUCAGCCAGAUGCUGACCACCAUGAGCAAGCAGCGCAGCACCAAGGGCAGCAGCAAGUGAACUGAGCGUGAUUACUGGCGCCAAGCUUUUGAGCUUAUGCAGCUCCUCCGGCCGCUGGGCAACCCCUGCAGCUGGGCCAACACCUUCUCCACCCAGGUGUGGGGGAUGAGCCGGAGCCCAUCACAGAGCUCCACCGACACAGACCCUGACGAGCACAGCCCCACCUCUCCAUCCAGUGAGGACGACUACCUGUGACAGCACAACCACAGGCAGAGGAAUGGUAUUCUCCCCUGUAUGGUCUGUUGGGCCUAACUAGGCCUAGGUGAGCAAUAGAAUGCCCAGGCCUGGCUCUAGAUAAGCUCCACUAGGCCCUGAGUCUGUGCCAGGCUUUCUUUGUUUUUACUGUUCAGCAUUUUUCAGACUGAAGAGUGAGACCUUCUAGCUCACAACUCAUAUUUUGUGUUCUUUAUUUGUCCUUUUUAUUUUGUAAAAGGAAGUCAUGUAAAAAGUUGCAGGACUAUGGAUUUAAAGCUAUUUACGUGCUACAGGAGAAAUUGCAGCAUGAGAAAAUGACGUGAAUGGAAAAGGAGGAAUUAAAUACGCAGUGACCUCGGAGUAUUUUUUGCAGAGCUUCAGAGAACUUGUUUAAGACCCUGUUUGAGGUCUAUUUAACAGUAGAAAUAACUGAGAAUUGGAGAUAGAUAAGAAUCAGUAUUAAAAUGAUAUCUGCAAGGUUAUAAUAUUUUAGCAAUUUAUUAUUGUUUUUUGUUAGCUAUGGUGUGCUUUAUUAUUCAUUUCCCCUCCAGUUUAGAGGGUCUCAGUGGCUGUCUUUAUAAUUCCAAUAAUUUAUAUAAAAAAAAUUUAAAAAAAUACAAAGAGCAAGCUAUUCUGAAAAGGAUAACAAAGCACAAAAUACAUUAUUAUAAAUACCCUGUAUUUUACAUUGGAUUGAAUCCAUUUUUGGGGGGGAAAACCACAUUGCACUCACUCUUUCCACUGUGUCUGAUUUCUCUUGGUUUUACCUCUGUCACAAAAAGCCUUAGAAGCCAGGUUGCACUCAGAACAGAAUGAGGGAAAUGGCCCACCUUGCUCCCAUUGAAAAUGUCUUUGUCAGAACACAGGCCUUGCAUCAGAUUUGACACUGUACUUCUUCAAACUGAUUAAAUAACAUACACCCCAAUGCCACCUGCUGGACUUGCAAACUACAACAGCUCACCGAGAUAAAGUUCUGGAUUCUCUGUAAAUAACCAUCAUGCCAGAACACCCCCUUUUGAAAAAGAACAAAAAACAUGAGUUGGAUUUAACAGGUUUUAGAAAGUGUAUAUUUCACAUCCCAUUUUAGCACAAUCCAAAGAGAAACUUGGAUCUGUGAAUGUUGUAUUCUGUGACAUGCCAGCACAAGACCAUUGACCCACUGGGAUUAAAAUGACUCCUAGAGUUCUUUUUUUAUGCUCAUUGGAAGUAGGAGGUGAGUGGACUAGAAUGAUGAACAUGCAGGAUUGCUGUAACAGUUAGUGGUAAAUUUCAUGUAUCGGUAUGUUAUUUAUCUGAAUAGAUUUUUACAAAUGUUGUUUAAUAUAAUAUACA